AUGGAGGUGUAGAUUUAUUUGGAAAUUUUGGAACAAUGAAUUAUAUAUUAGUUCAAAAUGGUAUUGAAGCUAAUGUAACUAAAACAUACAUUAGAAAAGAUAAUGAGUUUAUACUAAUUGGAGAUGGAGGUGUAGAUUUAUUUGGAAAUUUUGGAACAAUGAAUUAUAUAUUAGUUCAAAAUGGUAUUGAAGCUAAUGUAACUAAAACAUACAUUAGAAAAGAUAAUGAGUUUAUACUAAUUGGAGAUGGAGGUGUAGAUUUAUUUGGAAAUUUUGGAACAAUGAAUUAUAUAAUUCAAGCAAAAUAUAGAACUAAGCCUGAUGACAAAGAAGCAUAUGUUAGUCCUAAAGAUAUUAGAGAAUUUUCAGCAGUUUUGAUGAAGCAACCUAAAGAUACUGUAGGAUUUUUUGUAUCGAAUGCUAAAUAUUCAAAUAGAGCUGAAAAUGCUGCAACAAAUUCAAAACUAAAUCUCAUAUUAUAUUUUUUCAAAUACAAUCUCAAGAUAUCUAAUGAGAAAUUUUGUUCUGAUUGUAAAACAAAAAAAAGAAGUUAUAUCAAAAUUGAAAAUAUUGAAGAUGAAGCAGAAAAUAUUAUUCUUCAAGAAGAACUUGAAAAUAAUUAUCAUAAAAUUGAACGAGAAUUAAUUAGUGAAAAAUGGUUUAUAGAUUUAGUGGAAGAGAAAGUGAGAAACAACUUAAGACAAAAGUAUCCUGAUAUUUUAUUUGAAAAUAACAGGAUUAUUCUUACUGGAACUAUUGGAGCAGGAAAAACAACUCUUUCUUCAUUUAUGUCUAAAUAUUUUGAGAAAAAAGGAUUGAAAGUAUUUAUUCCAGAAGAGAUUUCACUUAAGAUCAAAGAGGAUUUAGAUCUUUUCUGUAAAGAUAAAAAGAAAUACGCAUUCUUUUUUCAAGAUUUGAUUAUUGAUACAUACAGAAAGAUGAUGGAAAAUAUUGACUCUGCAACUGAUGAUUAUGAUAUAAUCAUUUUUGAUCGAACUUAUCUUGAUACAGAAGUUUUCAAUAAUAUUAAUUCUGAUAAUGAUCUGAAAUUAUUUUACUUGAAAACAAAAUGUGAAAUGAUUGAUUCAUAUGAUUUUGAUUAUGUGUUUUACGUCAAGAAGGAAGAUGUAUAUAUGAAGGAUAAAGAUGGAUAUUUACUAGAUGAAGAGGGAAAAAAGAAAAUUAACAAACAAGUUCUUGAUAAUUACCAUCGAAUGUUUGAUAGAAUUGGUAGUAAAUAUGAAGGAGGGUUAGUAUUAGAACCAGAAGAAUUUGAUAUUACAGAUCUAGAUAAAUAUCUGAAUGAAUUUUCAGAAUUAUUGAAGAUGCCAAUUAAAGAUUUGAUUAAGUAUCUUGAUAUGUUAG